CUCAUAUACAUAAGGGAUGCUCUUGUGCCUUUGAGCUCCCAGCAACCUUGCUCUCCUCCCCGACGCCGGUCCGCCAGCUCAGAGCAUGUUAAGUUACCAUCACUACGGUACACCGACUGCCCCUCAUCGUCCUGCGCGGGCGCAGAGCUCGAGGCUGGCAGCAAAUAAGCAGAUCCACAAUUAUCGCGAUCCUCCUCCACACAGCACACCGCCGCCGCGUCCAUCCUACAUAAUCCCCUACCAGGAUACGGCGCAUAUUCGGAACGUCGCGGGCGCUUUAGAUCAGGUCGAUGUCUUGCCACGCUUGGCUGUACAACGGCAACAAGCGUACGGUCAGGAUCCUGAUCCUGCGCGUGAUUCGCGCUUUGGUUUACCCCACAACUUUGCGAUAGAUCAGACAGAACAACAAGGCUCUGUUCCCUACAUUAUCCCCCCUCCUUCUCCCACAUGGGACCUAGCCUCCUCGCGCUCAUCCUCGUUGUCGCCGCCGCCAAGCCCCGUCGACGGUAACAACCCAAUGCUUCACAGCUGGCUACCGUGGGAGACGUCAUGGAGAGCGUCGAUUCCUCCUCGUUUUGCGGCGGACGGCUCCCUCGUCUCUUACAUUGGCGAACUGCCACCAGAGAUACUGUCGCAGAUAUUCCUGCAAACCUUGCCGAUACACCUAUACGAUGCUCGACCUCAUACUGGAGCUAAACCUCUGAUAAUCAGCCACGUUUGCCGUCUCUGGCGGGAUAUCGCGAUAGAUCUUCCUAGCCUCUGGACAACGCUCUGUUUGACAGGGUGUCCGAACAAGCAUGAGCACCGUCGACUCAAGCUUGCCAAGGUUUUCAUGGAUAGGGCAAGGGGGACGGGAAUGCACAUUUGUUACCAGGACACCGAAACCGAAGAUGCUAUACCUUACGAAUGGGACACCGUAACGCAUAACCGAGGGUUCGAAGUUGCCCAUGCGCUCGAGCGCUGCUAUUGUGCUCUUGACCUCCUUAUUUCUCGCAUCUCCGAGGUUCGGGUCCUUCAGCUCUACAUCGGCCACGCCUCGUCCGCCCGGAUCGCUUCGACACCCGCUGGGGCAGCGGUUAUGUUGCGGGAUCUGAAGAUCCUGUUCUUGGAAGGCGGUGAACAAGCGCAGACGAUAUCGCGCUUGUUCACUUUCCUCACGGGGCUCAGGCGCUUCAGCUGGGGCAGCUAUCUGGACGCUUGCGUGACGCCAGUCCCUGUGGGCGUACCCUGGGAGCAUCUUGUCUCUGCUCGAGUCGAGACACCCGUUCCACACGACGCUUUUCUUGAUCUCGUGGCCAGCGGUCAGCAGCUCAAAGACAUAUUUAUCCGGCUUUGCAGGGGUAGAUGGCCUCUGAAGCGCCUUUCGAGCUGUAUCAGGCAAACCACACUAGACAAACUCAUCAUUUACGGCGACGAGCCUCUCGACAAUAUCUUCGACGCUCUGUACCUCCCUGCGCUUCGCUGGUUGUCCCUUCUGACAAACUCUGACAAGACACACUCCUGGCCUUUCGCCAGAGCGAGAUGUUUUCAGACAUUCCUAUUGGGAAUAUCACCGGGUCUCGACUACUUCGCAUUAGAGGCAGAUGAUUGUGUUUCCGAGACGGUCCUGAUCUCUAUCCUGUCUAUGCCACAAAUGUGGACACUGAAGGACCUCAAUAUAGACAUCCCUCUCAUCGGUGACACCUUCUUCUCGCGACUACAUCCCGAGCUCAACACGCCCCUUGUCCCUCACCUGAAGGAGCUUCGGGUGGCAAAUUGUGUUACUGCUGAUGGUCAGGUCGCCAGCAUGAUUACGUCACGCCUUAGACAUGGCUACCCUCUCCAGUAUUUUCUAGUUGCGUUCGAAAGCCAUCAGGUUGGGCGGCACCGCGAAGACUGCAGAGCAUUGCAACAUGCACGCAAUAUACAUACAGAGGUCUGUUACAAUGCAGGGGUAGACGGAAUGGAUGCUUGA